UUACUGAAAAAUUCAAUAUGAUUAUAUAAAAAUGCAGCAAAGGUAGGAGAAGAUGAGCUAUAAGAAAAUAACAAUUUUCCACUCUACUCCAACUCUCCAAAUGAAGUAGAGCCGCUGGUGUGUCUUCCUGGUGUCUUGCAUCAGUCUGUUGGCCCAGGCUCACUCCUCUGAGACGUUAACGCCCAGGGAUUUGAUUAAUGUUGCAGUAUGGUGCUGAUUACACCAGUCUUUUAUGCUAGUCAUGAGCAGUUGCCAAGUUGGCCAGUGUGGUGCAAGACUGGGUUCGAACAGCUAACCUGGCGCCCGGUACCGACCAACGUGAGCUGAGGGACCUGCUCUGAGCGGACUCCUGCCGGCCGCCAUGCCGCCCCGCCCAUCGUCGGGGGAGCUCUGGGGCCUCCAUCUGAUGCCCCCCCGCAUCCUGGUGGACUGCUGCCUGCCCAACGGGAUGAUCGUCACGCUGGAGUGCCUGCGGGAGGCCACACUGAUCAGCAUCAAGCACGAGCUCUUCCGCGAAUCCCGCAAGUAUCCGCUCUUCCACCUCCUGCAGGACGAGUCCUCGUACAUCUUCGUGGGAGUGACCCAGGAGGCCGAGAGGGAGGAGUUCUAUGACGAGACGAGAAGGCUCUGUGACCUUAGGCUCUUCCAGCCUCUGCUGAAGGUGAUUGAGCCAGUGGGAAACAGGGAAGAAAAGAUUCUCAACCGUGAGAUAGGCUUUGCGAUUGGGAUGCCGAUCUGUGAGUUCGAGCUGGUGAAGGACUCCGAGGUGCAGGACUUCCGGCGCAACAUCCUGAGCGUCUGCAAGGAAGCGGUGGAGCUGAGGGACGCCAGCGGGCCACAGAGCCAGUCGCUCUACGUCUACCCCCCCAAUGUGGAGUCCUCCCCUGACCUGCCCAAGCACAUCUACAACAAGCUGGAUAAAGGCCGCAUAAUCGUGACAAUCUGGGUGAUCAUCUCGCCGACCAACGACAAGCAGAAGUACACGCUGAAGAUCCCUCACGACUGCAUGCCGGAGCAGGUGAUCGCGGAGGCGAUCCGCAAGAAGACGCGGAGCAUGCACCUGUCGAUGGACCAGCUGAAGCUGUGCGUGCUGGAGUACCAGGGCAAGUACAUCCUGAAGGUGUGCGGCUGUGAUGAGUACCUGCUGGAGAAGUACCCCAUCAGCCAGUACAAGUAUAUAAGGAGCUGCAUUAUGAUUGGCCGGUUGCCACAUCUCAUGCUGAUGUCGAAGGAGAGUCUUUACAGCCAGCUACCGGCCAACACCUUCGUGAUGCCCUCGUACGCGCGUCGCAUCUCCACCGCGGCCACGUACAUGAACGGUGAGGUGCCCGCCAAGUCCCUGUGGUCCUUCAACAACCUGCUGAGGAUCAAGAUCCUCUGCGCUACCUACGUCAACGUCAACAUCCGCGACAUCGACAAGAUCUACGUUCGGACAGGGAUCUAUCACGGAGGAGAGCCGCUGUGUGACAAUGUCAACACCCAGAGAGUACCCUGCUCCAACCCAAGGUGGAACGAGUGGCUUUCCUACGACAUCUACCUCAUCGACAUCCCGCGAGCUGCUCGACUCUGCCUGUCCAUCUGCUCCGUCAAGGGGAGGAAGGGCGCCAAAGAGGAGCACUGCCCAUUGGCUUGGGGUAACAUCAACCUCUUUGACUACAUGGACAACCUGGUUUCUGGCAAGAUGGCUCUGAACCUGUGGCCUGUGCCCCAUGGAAUGGAGGACCUGCUGAACCCCAUCGGGGUGACGGGCUCCAAUCCCAACAAGGAAACCCCCUGCUUGGAGUUGGAAUUCAAUUGGUUCAGCAACUCCGUGAAGUUCCCGGAUGCUGCGGAGAUCGAGGAGCACGCCAACUGGAGCAUGUCCAGGGAGCUGGGCUUCAACUACUGCCUGGUGGGGCUGAGUAACCGGCUGGCCAGAGACAGUAACCUGACAGACAACGACAUUGAGCAGCUACGGAACAUCUACACCCGCGACCCUCUGUCUGAGAUCACAGAGCAGGAGAAGGACUUUCUCUGGAGGCACAGACAUUACUGUGUUAACAUACCAGAGACGUUACCCAAGUUGCUACUGUCUGUGAAGUGGAACUCACGGGACGAAGUUGCCCAGAUGUACUGCCUGUUGAAGGACUGGCCCCUCAUCAAACCCGAACAAGCCCUCGAGCUGUUAGACUGCAACUUCCCUGACCCCAUGGUGAGAGAGUUCGCUGUGAACUGCCUGGUUAAAGGGCUGACCGACGAUCGCCUGUCCCAAUACCUCAUCCAACUUGUCCAGGUUCUGAAGUACGAGCAAUAUUUGGACAAUCCCCUGGGCAGGUUCCUGCUGAAGAAAGCCUUGACCAACCAGAGGAUAGGGCACUUCUUUUUCUGGCAUCUGAAGUCCGAAAUGCACAACAAGACGGUGAGCCAGCGCUUUGGGCUGUUGCUGGAGUCGUUCUGCCGAGCGUGCGGGAUGUACCUGAAGCACCUGAUCCGCCAGGUGGAGGCCAUGGAGAAGCUGAUCAAUCUGACCGACAUCCUGAAGCAGGAGAAGAAAGAUGAGACCCAGAAGAUGCAGAUGAAGUUCUUGGUGGAGCAGAUGAGCCGGCCCGACUACAUGGAGGCUUUGCAGGGGUUCAUCUGUCCCCUUAACCCAGUGCACCAGCUGGGAAACCUGAGGCUGGAGGAGUGUAGAAUCAUGUCCUCGGCCAAGCGACCCCUCUGGCUGAACUGGGAGAAUCCAGACAUUAUGUCGGAGCUGCUCUUUACCAACAAUGAAAUUAUCUUCAAGAACGGCGAUGAUCUACGACAGGACAUGCUAACACUACAGAUUAUUCGAAUUAUGGAGAACAUCUGGCAGAACCAGGGGCUGGACCUAAGGAUGCUGCCAUACGGAUGCCUGUCGAUCGGUGAUUGCGUGGGACUGAUAGAGGCCGUGCGGAGUUCACACACCAUCAUGCAGAUCCAGUGCAAAGGUGGGCUGAAAGGUGCCCUGCAGUUCAAUAGCCACACCCUUCACCAAUGGCUAAAGGACAAGAACAAGGGCGAGGCUUACGAUGCUGCCAUCAACCUGUUCACUCACUCCUGCGCUGGGUACUGUGUCGCCACGUUCAUCCUGGGCAUUGGAGACCGACACAACAGUAACAUUAUGGUGAAGGAUGACGGACAGCUCUUCCACAUCGACUUUGGCCACUUCCUGGACCACAAGAAGAAGAAAUUUGGCUACAAGCGCGAGCGGGUGCCCUUCGUCCUGACACAGGACUUCCUCAUCGUCAUCAGUAAGGGUGCACAGGAGUGCACCAAAACCAAGGAGUUUGAGCAGUUCCAGGAGAUGUGCUACAAAGCCUAUCUCGCCAUCCGGCAGCACGCCAACCUCUUCAUCAACCUCUUCUCCAUGAUGCUGGGCUCAGGAAUGCCGGAGCUGCAGUCCUUCGACGACAUCGCCUACAUCCGCAAGACCCUGGCGCUGGACAAGACCGAGCAGGAGGCACUGGAGUACUUCACCAAGCAGAUGAAUGAUGCCCACCAUGGAGGCUGGACAACAAAAAUGGACUGGAUCUUCCACACCAUUCGCCACAUGCCCUGAGUGGACGGGGACAUUUCGACCAAGGGAGUUGACGAAGAUGACUUGUUCUCCAAAGUCAGACGCUCUGCAGGCAAGGGACCAGUCACUGCUGACUUCAACUAAGGUUACCUUGGGAACCAGAAUCCUCCUUGCCCUGGGACUGGAUGCAACCAGUCCCUCUCUACCAUUACAUGUUGAACUUCUUGUACCAGAGGACCUUGAGCCCUGAAUCUGGUCUGGGUGAGUUUUUUUUUUCCUUCUUUUCUCUGCUUCGGCUGUGCACCGGACAGGUGCCCAUGAGAAAGAAGAUGAUUUUGAGACCGUGUUCUGACUCUAUGGAUGAACGGGGGUGGUGGUCGGGGGGGGGAAGGCUGCAAACAAUGAGCGUGGAACACUUUGUGAAAUCUGAAGGAACCUCAUCUGCUGAAGUAUUUUUGAUUUUGUUCUGAAGCAACACGGUGUAUUCAUCUCCUGGCUUCCUCGUCCCCUGCAGAGUGGGAGGCAGGGACUGCACGGAAGGUGCCUCCAUCAAAACCUUCAUAACCGUGCAAACUGCACAGGGGAGGACGGCUCCAAUUAUUGAUUAAGGAGGGAGCAGAGGAUUUCUGUGCUUGUGUGCUUGUAUGCUGAGGUGCCAAAGGCUUCCAUGGAAGGGUUUAUGGUUGAACGUGUUGUUAGUUGGGCCCAGCUUGGCAGGUUGGUGGAAGCCUCCCUGUGGAGUGGGCCACUAAGGAAUGGCAGUAUCUUUAAAACCCCUUAAGCAACGGUGAUGGAAUGUGUAGAUUAUACAAAGGUCUAUUUAUUGGAGGCGUAGGUCCAUUUGACCGACAAUAACAUUUUUUUUUGGCCUCUGUUGGUUUGGCUGGCUGAUGGGAUGGUUGGUGUUGGCCAAUCCACAUUAGGUUGGGUUGACUGGUGUUGCCUCCAUUGAGUGGGAUUUACAUGGGUUAUUGGCUUGACUCGGUUCAAUUUGGUAUACAGUUGGGCUGGUUGGUUUCUGUUGAGUUGGGGUCGAGUUAGGUUGGGUACACUGUCAACUAUUGGGAUUGUCUGGCCUUGCCUUUGUUGGGUUGGGCUUAAGUUGGCCAGUGUUGGUUAGUGCUGAAUUGUUGUUGAGGGUCCUAGUCUGGCCUUUUAAUGACUUAAACUCCAGUUAGAUUGACCGUUGAGAUGGACUGGUUGACCUUGGUUUUGCUGAGAUGGGUUGACAAACUAAAUUAGGUUUGGGUAGGACUCUUUGGGGUUGGAAGCACUCAAUUAAUUGUUUUUGGGUUGGAAUCCCUUAGCAAUUCUCUCCCUCUGUUUGUUGAAACUAUCAUAAAGUCUUCCCCUGCCACCCUUUUCGGAGCCGAAGGACAGGAAGGUAAUGGAGCGGUCCCUGCCUGUUUAGCAAUAUCCUCCUUUUGCACUUUUUCUCAUUCAUGUGAAUCGAAAGUGGCACCCAUGAAGGAAAAAUGGAGAAAAACUGAUCGCCCUGGGAUAUCUCCCUGGCUGCCAAGGUUUAACGAAGAAACCUAUCCGACAGAGAUACCUGACAUUGAAGGGAUAAGUCAGGAGGGAACUGUCAUGAAAUCUCCAUCUGGCUGCACUGAGCUCUCAGAUAGAGUUAAUGCAAAUAUCUACAAGUAUUAAAAGCAAAUGCUGAACUUUUUUGAGGGAGGGGAUUGGGGCUGGGGAAAUGGAGUGAGAGGGGCUGUUCUCUUGGGAAUACAAAAGCAUUUCUGAGAAUAUAUUCUGUAGUUUAGGGCAGGGAUUAAUAAAUGCUUGUUUGUCAUGGCAGUCUAACUGUGAUACUGCUGAGAUUUGAAUGAAAACCAGUUUACCUCGAGGGAGAACAGCCCUUUCUUCUCCAUCCCCUCCACAACUCAACCUCACAACUUCUCAGUUGAAGCCUCUGCACCCACUUCGAAAUGCAGUAACCAGAAUUGGAAGUGAUCCACCCUAGACCUAACUUGUGAUUUAUAAAGGGUUUAUCAUUGCUUUUUGCUUUAUUUAUUAAAGCUAAGCAUCCCAUUAAUGCUCUUUUUUAUAUAUAAACUCCAUCAUUGACUUCAACACUUUUAUUCUCAUUUUUCUGCUUCAAAGGUGUUUGCUUUAAAUAUUGCUUGGAACGGAAAUUGCUUAUCUCUCCUUACCCCCCCCCCCCCAUUCUGAGCUUACUGCGCUGUGACGGAGGCCGUUGACAGCCUUUCUAAUAUCACUGCUCACUUUGCUUUGCCUUGCAAGUGUGAAGGGUCAAGUAUAGAAUCUGGGGAGGGCGGUGGGGGGUAACAAACCUGUGUUUGAUUGGUCUGUGCAAAAGGUUUGCGUGUUGUAAGCUCUUUCACUUCCUUGGAAUGUUCAGAUGGCAACGCCAGUUAUACGUUAUCCUGGGAGGAUUAAUGUCUUACAACUGACCUAGCCACGUGCUUUUGCAGUUGGGCACGGGCAGCUGAUCAACAAUGGUCACCAUAAUACUCUCAAUCCUUUGUUGGUCUGGAAAGCUGUCUAUGUGUCAGGACUGCACUACUUCAAAGCGCUGAUGUGUUGUCUCCUGCAAGUCCUGUAAGGCUGAUUCCAGACCAGUUCUGGAUACUUGGGAGGGUUGACAAUGCAACUGAAAGCACCCUAGUGUCCUGGUGCUGUCAGUGUUGGAACGCCAGUGUUGCGAUUGUGCUGACGUGCUGAGAGAUUGCACACUCCACCAUUACCAUCCAGUGGGGUGUGGAUUAAUAUCCAGAAGUGGGAGUCCUGUCAGAUUUCUUCCUUUUGCCCUGUAUUUUUUUCAUUGUCUGGUCUGGAGGUCUUGUAGUUUCCUCCUGAACCACUCCACUGCUCCCUCGAUAAACAGGGAAGUAAAUCUGGCAUCAUCUGAUUUUCGUCUGCCAGAAAUUCCUAAAUAUGUACCUGGCUCAGGGGAUUUUCCCCUGGUCCCUGAGAAGGUUGCUGUCCCAGUGCCAACACCGAAGGGGUUCGACACUGUCCUUUGGAGAUGAUAAAGUAACAGCCUUUUUUGUCCCUUUAUGUGGGUGUAAGGUAGCCCACUAUCAACACUAGGAGGAGUUGGGGAGUUCUAUCAGUAGCAAUCUCCAAACUAGCACUGUGACCUGGUCACUGAACUGGACGUGUGUGUGGGAGCUGGUGGGAUUCCUACAUUCACAUCAGAUCGGAUUGCCCGUUAUGCCAGUGGCACUUAGAAGAUCCUCCAUCUCUGGUGUUGGCCAGGGCUUCCUUCAUCAUGUCAGUGGCUUCCUCUCGAUUUUCACUAUUGCCAGUCGUGCAGGUCCCGGGUGGAGACUCAGGAAUACCGUCGCACUCAGAUGUAGAAGGAUUCUUCAUUGCUGUUUCCAUAACAAUUUUGUUUUACCAGUGAGGAUUGUUAGCUCUGAGCUGAACCUCCGAACCUGGAGGACUGGUGGACCACACUUAGUCUGGCCUCUACCCUUUGACCUGUUUAGCAUGGGUGACCCCACCAAGAAGCAAAGCAUGAAGUCCUGACUCCAGCCAACAUAGAUAGCUGUCUGGGUCAUUGAGGAAUGAAAGCCUCCAAACCUUACCACUAGAUUGUGUUCCUCUUGGAGUUCCCACAUUCAUUGUUAUAACCAAGAAGCAGUUUCUGGGAAUAUAUACAAGCCCUCCUGUUUUGAAACAUCAAAUGGGUGUGGAUUUAGUCAAUAGACAAUAGGUGCAGGAGUAGGCCAUUCAGCCCUUCAAGCCAGCACCACCAUUCACUGUGAUCAUGGCUCAUCAACUACAAUCAGUACCCUUUUCCUGCCUUCUCCCCAUAUCCCUUGACUCCACUAUCUUUAAGAGCUCUAUCUAACUCUUUUUCGAAAGAAUCCAGAGAAUUGGCCUCCACUGCCUUCUGAGUCAGAGCAUUCCACAGAUCCACAACCCUCUGUGUGAAAAAGUUUUUCCUCAACUCUGUUCUAAAUGGUCUACCCCUUAUUCUUAAACUGUGGCCUCUGGUUCUGGACUCCCCCAACAUCCGGAACAUGUUUCCUGCCUCUAGUGUGUCCAAUCCCUUAAUAAUCUUAAAUGUUUCGAUCAGAUUAGUCGCCAUGAACAGGAAAUUCCACCUAAUCCACAUCUCCUUUUAUGCUUCGGGUUUCUUCCAGGCUAAAUCUCCCGGAAGCUAGGGGUAUCCUGAGUGCAAGGCUUCCCAGCCGUAGCUUUCUUAACUAUACACAGGGUGCAGAAAAGAGAUUCUGCUGGUGAUAAUUUUAGGAGUGGGGUGAAAGGAUCUGGUGUGUGCUUGCCUGCUGAGCCAAAAGAUACUUGCCAUGCUGUGUUUGAUGGCUGAACCUGCACCAAGGGUGUUAGUUGAUUUUCUGACCCUUCACUGGUCAUUUAGGGAGUGGGGAAGUGAGUACUCUGUGUCACAAAAGGCCAGUGGCUUUGUGGCCACGCUUGCCUCAUUACUGGCAGGAACUCUGCGUUGCCAUUUGUUUCCGACAGAGAGAGUUCAGCGAGUUGCAAGUGACUGGCAUCUGCCUUCACAACAAUGGUCCAAAAGCAAAACAGCGCAGAUGCUGGAAAUCUGAAACAAAGCAACCCUCAAAGUAAUGGGUCAGUCGGCAUCUGCGGAGGGAAGUAACUGGUGUUUCGGGUUCUGUUGAAAGAUUAAUGACCUGAGUCAUGCACCACCCACCAUGGAUGCUGACUAUUUCCAAUAUUUUCUUCCUCUGGUUUACAUUGAGUGCUCACACCUCAGCACCAUCGUGUCUGAGAAUUCAUUUGGAUGUGGGCUAGAUAUUCAGCUGUGGUAGGUAUCGUUUUUUUAUCCCAAUACAAGUCAGUGUGAGAUAAUUCUGUUGAACCUCUGGUGGUGAGGCAGGUCGACUGAGCUCAAUCCACUGGUUGUGUCUGACCCUGAGAGUGUGUGAUGGGACGGUAUAGAGGGUGCUUCACUCUGUGUCUGACCCUGGGUCUGUUCAAUGGGACAGUGUAGAGAGAGCUUCACCCUGUGUCUGACCCUGGGAGUGUGUGAUGGGACAGUGUAGAGGGAGCUUCACUCUGUGUCUGACCCUGGGAGUGUGUGAUGGGACAGUGUAGAGGGAACUUCACUCUGUGUCUGACCCUGGGAGUGUGUGAUGGGACAGGGUAGAGGGAGCUUCACUCUGUGUCUGACUGUGGGAGUGUGUGAUGGGACAGUGUAGAGGGAGCUUCACUCUGUGUCUGACCCUGGGAGUGUGUGAUGGGACAGUGUAGAGGGAGCUUCACUCUGUGUCAGACCCUGGGAGAGUGUCAUGGACGUGUAGAGGGAGCUUCUCUCUGUGUCUGACCCUGAGAAUGUGUGAUGGGACAGUGUAGAGGGAGCUUCACUCUAUGUCUGACCCUGGGAGUGUGUGAUGGGACAGUGUAGAGGGAGCUUCACUCUGUGUCUGACCCUGGGAGUGUGUGAUGGGACAGUGUAGAGGGAGCUUCACUCUGUACCUAACCUGUGCUGUCCCACCCUGACUGCCUGGUUGUGUGUGACAGGUUAAUGAAGAGGGAACUUUACUCUCUGUUACCCCUGCGCUGGAAGUGGAACAGUGUAGAUCAGGGGUUCCCAACCUUUUUUAUGCCAUGGACCCUCACCAUUAACUGACGGGUCUGUGGGCUCCAGCUAGGGAACCCCUGGUGUAGAGGGAGCGUCACAGCAUUUGUUAUCUGUGCUGUCCUGUCCUGAGAGAGUGUAAAUCCCUUAAUGGGUUCCUGAUUGAGUAACUUAUAUUUUGCUUAAUUUUGACUACCCUCCCUCACUUUGAAGUCAAUAUAUUUUUCAAUCAAAAUCUUAUUUGUUCAAAUCUUUGAAUGGUAAAUCUAAAAGAUGAAGGUCUUUGGCUCCCAAUGACCUGCAGAGAUUUCCAUCAGCCAGUUUUCUUGGGCUUUUAACAGCGAUGUUAUGGGUGCAAUCUCUGCUGUGAUGUUACUGUGGCCAUAUCGAAGCCAUGGGAAUGGUGGUGUCCCUUGGGUUGGUGUUGGAGGAGGGGGAAUUAUGUUUGUUUGGGGUUAGCGUGGUUUGGAGGAAUCAGGAAUCCGUCUGCUGGAGUCUUCAGACGAACAACCAACCACAAAGUUUGAAAAUACUGUCAAUGCAAUGUGUGCUUUUCCUGGUCUGGUUUCAGGGUAAGGUGCUUCCAGGGUACCCCAUAUUCCCUUAUUCUCUCUCUCUCUCUCUCUCUCUCCCUUUCUCUCCAUCUCUGUCUCUCUCUCUCUCUCUCUCGCCCUCUCCCAGUUCUGUCUGCGUGUGUGUGUGUGUGUGUCUCUGUCUCUCUGCCUCCGCGUCUCCCCCUUUUCUUUCCUCUUGUUCCUUCCCAGCACCUCCGCCUUCUUUUCGCCUCCUGUGUGGGGCAGCGCUGUUGUUUCAGUAAUGGGGGGAGGGUGGGGAGUGGACGGGGUGGGGCGGUUGUUUGCUGGCUGUCCAUCCACUUCCCCACCUUGCUACUGCACGUGCAUGUGAACGGGGCAGUGAUAACAGGGUCCUGUCGCCAGCAGCUUACUCUAUUCCUAUUUCAUUUUUCUCUCUGUGUGUGCGUGUGUGCGUUUUAACGAGCCCUGCAAAUUAAUCCUGAUUCAGAUGUCAGUGUGAAUGAGGCUGCUGUGUAAUCUCACCACGGAUACUGUACAUGUGUGUUUUUAAUUAAUUAAUUAAAAAGAUAUUGUAUUUGCACUUUGCAAAGAGAAAAACCUUGUACAAAUGUAAAGUCAGACCAAGAGCACUACACGCCUUUGGGCCAUGCGUGGCGUUUUAAUAAAGAU